AUGGACUUUUGUGACGACAAAGUGGAACCGCGAAAGAGAGACGCCGGUGAAAGUGGCCGCGCUGCCGUGUGUCCCCGGGCGGGCAGAGACCCAGCUUUGACCGGCGACACCCGAGUGUUACACAGCCUGACGGAGCAGGAGAAGCUGAGCUCGUUGCCUUCACUCUGUGACCGAGUCCGCACUGACAUCAGGCCGUACAUGAGGAGGAUACUGGCCGUGUGGAUGUUCCAGGUGUGUGAGGAGCAGAAGUGCGAGGAGGAGGUGCUCCCUCUAGCGGUGCAGUACCUGGACACUUACCUGAGUCGGUUUGGCAUCCAGAAGUCCAACCUGCAGCUUUUAGGCACCGUGUGUAUGUUUCUGGCCUCCAAGAUGAGAGAGACGGUCCCCCUGACUGCUAGCACGCUUUGUAUCUACACUGACAACUCGGUGUCAGUCUCAGACAUCCUGGAGUGGGAGGUGGUGGUGGUGUCCAGGUUGAACUGGUGUCUGGCGUCGGUGGUUCCCUCUGACUUCCUGGAACCAAUUCUUCACGCCCUCCCCUUUGUUCGGCCCGUCCACUUUCGAAACAUGCGCGGGCACGUUCACUCCUACAUCGCUCUGGCCGCCACCGACGACACGUUCUCCACGUUCCUGCCCUCCACUCGUGCCUGUGCCUGUGUGAGCCUCGCCACGCAGGGGGUGAAGUUACUGGAUGUCGCCGCCUCCGCCGAGUCUGUGAUGAAGUUUUUGGCCGACCUCCUGGCCAUUGAUCUGAGCUCAGUGCGUCUCUGCUAUGACCAGCUGAGGAGUGUGCUGGAGGUCAACCUACCCUCCCGUUGUCAGGAUAGCGUCAGCUCAGAAACUGGCGACCCCGCUGCUGACACUCAGGAUGUCGUAGUGACACCAGUGACUUCACUGUGUGUGGAAACACUCCUCAGUCAAGAGUAGACUGAGUAAACAGAGCGAGAGAGAGAAGAUGACAAGCAGAAUGUGUUUGGAGCCGUUUUAAAGCGCCUUCCUGUUGCCAUUGUGUGUUUCAAGUGGUAUUGAAUCCUCAUGUUUGUUUACAUAUUCUAUCGCAUUAUUCCUGUGUUACUGUAAAGGAUUCUGUGUCACCGUGACAUGACAAGGUCAGAAACGACAAAAGCAGCAGCAGCCAGCACUUGAGUUCUUGUUGGUUUUGUUUUUUUUAAUUGAGUUUCGAUUUCCUCAUACCGAUCACAACAGCACGGUCGAUCACAUGGUCAUUUAAUGAUAAACCAGACGACUUUGGCAAAGAAUAUUUCUAUUGCAGUUCCAAAAAAAAAAAUUAACAGAGUCAGAUGCAUAUUAAAUUGUACAAAAAAAGGUGUACAGACCGACUCCGUUUCCCUGUGUCACACAUAAACCAGUUAUCAAUGAUAAGGAGUUCAGUCCCCACAUUCCAGUAUGGAUUCAGGUCUUUCUAGUUUACAUGUGUAAACAAAAAGGUUCCAGUUUAAAGCAUGUGCAACUUUUUUUUUUUAUCCGACCUUAAUACUUGAAAACAUGACAGCUGAUAAAUAAAAUAAAAAUGCAUGAUGAUCAAGUAGCCUGAUUAAACACUGACAUUUCAUCAGAAAACAAAACAGCCUACUGAUGUAACCAUAUCUGACCACCGGGGGGGAUUUCAUUAAACAUGAA